UCGUCGUCGCGCAUUGCGGCUUUCUCGUUCCACCGGCCCAUCCCACUUCUACCCGGUCCCGGCCUCGUUCUGACAUUUCUCCUUCAGUUUUCUACGGAGGAGGUACUCUACUCAGUAUUUUCAGUGUCUCUUAAGGCAGCUAACCAAAACCAUCACAAUGGCGAAAAUUAAGGCCGGACCAGUUGUGGACAUUCUUGGAGAUGAAAUGACCAGAAUAAUCUGGGAUCUCAUCAAAGAAAAACUUAUCUUACCCUUCCUUGAUAUUGAGCUCCAUGUUUAUGAUUUGGGAGUUGAACAUCGUGAUAAGACCAAUGACCAGGUUACAAUUGAUUGUGCAGAGGCUAUCAAGAAGUACAAUGUAGGAAUUAAAUGUGCCACAAUCACACCUGAUGAGAACCGUGUCACAGAGUUCAAUCUUAAAGAGAUGUGGAAAUCUCCCAAUGGAACCAUUCGUAAUAUUCUUGGAGGAACAGUAUUCAGGGAACCAAUCAUUUGUAAAAAUGUUCCUCGUCUUGUACCUGGUUGGACAAAACCUAUCAUUAUUGGACGUCAUGCUCAUGGAGACCAGUACAAGGCGACUGAUUUCCUUGUACCAGGGGCUGGCACAUUGACCUUGUCAUUUACACCCGCUGCUGGAGGCCAGUCUAUCUCUGUAGCUGUUAAUGAAUUCAAGAGUUCAGGUGUUGCCAUGGGGAUGUAUAACACUGAUGAAUCCAUCCGAGGAUUUGCUCACUCGUCUAUGCAGUUUGCUCUUCAGCGAGAGUAUCCACUGUACCUGAGCACGAAGAACACUAUCUUGAAAAAGUAUGACGGCCGUUUCAAGGAUAUCUUCCAGGAAAUCUAUGACAAGGAAUACAAAGCUCAAUUUGAGGCCAAGAAAAUUUGGUAUGAACAUCGUCUUAUUGAUGAUAUGGUUGCAUUUGCCAUGAAGACUGAUGGUGGCUUUGUUUGGGCCUGCAAGAAUUAUGAUGGUGAUGUCCAGUCAGACUCAAUUGCUCAAGGUUAUGGUUCUCUAGGAAUGAUGACCUCUGUGCUGGUUUGUCCUGAUGGCAAAACUGUUGAGGCUGAGGCAGCUCAUGGUACUGUGACAAGACAUUACCGUAUGCACCAGCAAGGCAAAGAAACAUCAACAAAUCCCAUUGCAUCGAUUUAUGCAUGGACAAGGGGUCUUCUUCAUCGAGCUAAGCUUGACAACAAUGCUGAGCUUCGCAAAUUUGCAGAGAGCCUGGAAGAAGUGUGUGUGAGCACUAUUGAAAGUGGAUUCAUGACAAAGGAUCUAGCAAUUUGUGUCAAGGGAGCCAAUGUUCAACGUUCCGACUACCUUAAUACAUUUGAAUUCCUUGACAAGCUUGCUGACAAUCUCAAGAAGAAGCUUGCGUGACUACCAUCCAAACUGUGAUAAAAGCACACUACAUGCUGCAUCACCCAUUUUUGUGUUGUUCUUUUUUUUUUUUUUACAUUUUUAAUUGCUCAUUUAUUUUCAUCAGUCAUGAAACUAAAGAUUUAUUUGCUGACUUUAAGGCUUCUUUUUUCCUACAAAGUAUUGUAUUUAGAUUCUUCUGUUUCUUUUUACUCCAUACCAUGUGUAUGUUUUAGAAUGGUGUAUGUUUCUUUUUAAUAAAACUUGUUGUUAAAAAAUAGAA